AUGCCUCUACCAAGACGUCCCAAGGACAUAAUAUGGGGUCUGUACCACGAGGAGUCGCCGAGAAACGUGGAGGAAAUAAUGCACGAAGAUAUCUUGACCCUGUUUAAUUACUCGUCGACGUUCAGCCGCCACAGCGACGUUCCGUUUCCCCUGCAACAUUUGCAAUCGAUACGAGACGUGACCGAUCUAAAAUACUUUCUGCCUACCUCCGAGAAGAACAAACUUGUACACGACAUCGCGCCUGUGAUGUAUCUUCAGACGGACUGCGAAACAUCGACAGAAAGGGACGACUAUGUAAGGGAGCUGAUGAAGCUGACACGUAUCGACUCGUACGGCGCCUGUUUGAACAACAAAAAGAUUCCAACAGAAUUCGUCGAGGACUAUCUUAACAGGCUGAGCGACGACGACUUUCUCAAGUUCAUCGCUCGGUAUAAAUUCGUCGUGGCCAUAGAGAACGGCGUUUGCGACGAUUACGUCACGGAGAAAUUUUGGCGGGCCGUCAAAACGGGCGUGGUGCCCAUAUACUUCGGGUCGCCCACCAUUAGGGAUUGGCUGCCCAACGAGAAAUCUGCUAUACUGCUGGAAGACUUCCCCACGCCGAGAGCCAUGAGCGGUCACAUCGCGAAACUUAUGGCCAACGACAGUCUGUACGAGAGUUAUUUGGAACACAAAACGAAGGCGCUGAUAGCGAACGGGAAACUUCUGGAGGAAUUUCGGCGCAGGCCUCACCAGAGCGACACCCUAAAGACGGCGGAGGAAUUCGAGUGUUUCGUAUGCAAAAAGCUGCACGGAAGGAGAAAGGGAGUUGUGAAAGAGAGUGUUGUGAACAAAAAACAUUACGACUGCCCGAAACCAGUGUCAGCCCUCAGUCUGCGCGUGAACCCCUUAAAUUCAUGGGCGCACUCAUUCGACACAGCGAAACGUAACGCGAUUUCAAUACGCAGAAGAGUAUUAAACGCCAAU